AUUCAGUCUUCGAGAUGACGAAGUACAGUGGAGCAGUUAUCUUACUUUUAUGCCUUACGGGCUUGGCUAUAGCGACGAAACCACCGGCAAAGGUUCAGUACGAGUGGAAGUAUCUGAACUUUACCUGGCCAUCGGCUGAGGAUCACGACAGGGCGAUUAACGAUGGAAGCUACAUACCAGAGAACAACCCGAUAGCCGGUAUCAAGGUGUGGAAGGACCGGCUCUACCUGACCAUCCCCAGAUGGAAGCACGGGGUACCGGCUACUCUACUCGUUACCUCCCUUAACCCUGUCAAUGGUGACGUAUCUCCGAACGUCGAGCCAUUCCCCAACUGGCAGAUGCAGCGCAUCGGCGACUGCUCGGCUUUCCAGUUCGUUCAGAGUAUGGAGAUCGAUCCGAAGGGUCGUAUGUGGGUCAUUGACACCGGUCGCGUGGCUACUCUUGCCGAUAAGCCAGAGAACAACUGUCCGGCUCGUUUGGUCGUUCUUGACCUUGAGAAUAAUGCCGAGGUUCUGCUCGAUUACGUUUUCCCCGAGGAGGUCACCAGAAGGGAUACCGUUUAUCUCAACGACAUAGUCUUGGAACACGAGGACGGCGGAUGGGCUUUUAUUACAGACACCGACGACGAGUAUCCCGGAAUCGUUGUUUUCUCGCUCAAGGAUAGAAAGUCUUGGAAGGUAUCGCACGAGACGAUGAAAGCUACGGCGGUCAAGUUCACGGUCAAGCACGACGGUACGAAGGUGACUCAACCGCUGAACGUCGACGGUAUCGCGAUAUCGCCAGCUUCUGCGGAAAAACGACGCAUCUUGUACUACAGUCCUCUGUCCUCCCUCGAGAUCUUUGCGGUGCCCACCAGCGUACUCAAGAGACAGCCUUCCAGAAUAGACAAGAAUGUGAGGCUCUUGGGCAGGAAGCCUUCGCAGACUGACGGUAUGAUGGUCAGUGCCGAUGGCAGACUCUACUUCGGCUUGCUGGCUGACAACACAGUGUCCAGCUGGGACAGCAGAAGGCCACCUUUCUGGAUUAAUCAGAAGAGAGUUUUCGAAGAGGACACCACUCUGCAGUGGCCAGACACGUUCGCCAUCGACGAGCAAGGAACUCUCUGGUGUGUGAGCAACAGAUUGCAAACCUUCCUGGCGGACAGCGUAGAUACGAGCGAAGUCAACUACAGAGUACUGAAGCUGGUCAAGCUGCCGGUCAGGAGCUACCAGUAUUACAAGGACGGCAGUGCUCCGGAGUUACCCGUCAUAGCUUGAAUUUAAAUGGAAUUGAUACUUUGUUCGUGUAAUUAAAUCUAGUUUUAUUGUAUUAUUUAUAUAACUAUAUAAAAUACUAUUAAUGAUUAAGAAA